CUGUGGUGAAAGCACGCGAACCACAGGAAACGCUAUCGGCAUCUAUCUAUCUGCUACUCCGGUCUCCGCUGACUUCACAUCCGCUUAACGUUUGCAACGCACGUGUGUUCAUGUCCCACCGUGGGUUUAUGUCCGCUAAUUGUACGUUCCGGCAGUAGUGUGGAACGUAUAAAGGACACUUGAUCGAAUAAAAGGAUAUCGAAAGGAUGUCAAAGCUCUUCAUCUUGUUCGAGCAUGCCGCGGGAUACGCCGUCUUCCGCGUCAAGCAGUUCGAAGAGAUUGGAAUGCUGUUACCGCAGGUGGAAGAGUCCGUAAACGAUCUGUCGCGUUUCAACAGCGUCGUAAGCCUCAAUGGAUUCUCACCUUUCAAGACGGCGCUGUCCGCUCUGGAAAAUAUCAACAGUAUUUCCGAGGGGAUCGUCACGGAGGACCUGAAGCUCUUUCUGGACUCCUCCUUCGGGGGUUUCGGCAAACAGGACGUCACCCUCGGCGUCGCGGAUCCCAAGCUCGGCGCCAACAUCACCGAGACUCUGGGCAUCAAGUGCGACUGUUCCAACGUCAUUUCCGAGAUCACGAGGGGAAUACGACUCCACUUUCACAAUCUGGUGAAGGGCCUCACUUCUCAGAACUCGCAGACUGCACAGCUAGGCCUUGGCCACAGCUACUCGAGAGCGAAGGUUAAAUUCAACGUGAACCGCGUGGACAACAUGAUCAUCCAAAGUAUAUCCCUGUUGGAUCAGCUGGACAAGGAUAUCAACACAUUCAGCAUGCGUAUACGGGAGUGGUACAGUUAUCAUUUUCCGGAGCUUUCGAAGGUAGUGCCAGAGAUUUAUAUGUACGCGAAAGUGGCGCAGGUGGUAAAGAACCGGAAGCAGCUGACGGAUGAAAAGGUGGCGAUGUUGGAGGAAGUUGUGAUGGACAGUACAAGAGCCGGAGCUAUCGUCAACGCGGCCAAGUCGUCCAUGGGGAUGGACAUAAGUCCAGUUGACUUGAUGAACGUCGAGGUCUUCGCCGGACGCGUCGUCGCAUUGGUAGACUACAGGAGGAAGAUGGCUGAAUACUUAACGUCGAAAAUGGAAGGAGUGGCGCCGAAUCUGGCGACUUUAAUCGGAGACCAAGUCGGCGCCAGAUUAAUAGCACACGCCGGGUCGCUUAUCAAUCUGGCGAAGGCACCGGCGUCCACGGUUCAAAUAUUGGGAGCGGAGAAGGCCCUGUUCAGGGCGUUGAAGAGCCGCGGGAAGUCGAACACUCCGAAAUACGGUCUCUUGUUCCAUUCCACAUUCAUCGGUCGUGCCGGCACUAAAAAUAAGGGUAGAAUUGCGAGGUACCUGGCGAAUAAAUGUUCCAUUGCCUCUAGAAUCGAUUGUUUUACGGAAAUACCGUCGAGGAUAUAUGGUCAGAAAUUGAAGCAGCAAGUGGAGGACAGGCUAGUCUUCUUCACGACUGGCAAGGAGCCGAAGAAAAAUUUGGAAGUGAUGCGAGAGGCACUGGAGGAAACGGCGCACAUGUUGGCCGCUCAGGAAAAGGAAGCCGAGCAGAAGAAGAGCCGUGGUAAAAAGAGAAAGCGCGACUCGCUCGAAAACGGCCAGGAAAAUGGCGAACACAUUGAAAACGGCGAAGUGAAUACCUCGUUGCAGAAAAAGAAGAAAAAGAAAAAAUCGAAACAGAUCGAUGGCGAAUAAAAAAGAAUUAUCUUUUGUGUUUAAAAAAAUGAGACAAAGGGUGCUUUUCAGCAAGAGACGCUGCGUAACACAGAGAGUCGUUGUUAUAAAAUGACCAUCCUAUCCUCGUUUAAUAAUGGCAAACAACUCUGUGUUACACAGUGUCACUUGUGUACAUUGCUGGAAAGCACCCGAUAUAUAUUUCUUUAUACAUAGACUUGUUCGAAAAUAUUCCUCCGAAAUUUUCACUUAGUAGUUUGUAAUCAUUUUCUUCUUUGUAUUAACAUAAUUAAUAAAGUUAUGUUUACAUUCUACAUAAAUGAUGAACGAUGUAUCCGCAUCCUUCUACAGAUUUAUACAUUAAAAGACAAUGUACAGCGCCUUUUUACAGUAAUACAAAAAUAUAAAAAUUUCAAUAAAUUUCCUAUGGUCGGUUUUUGUAUCGAGGGGAGCCGUACGUAUUUUCUGUAUUGAAGGAAAUCUUAUACAUGAAGCUCUGAAUGUAUACAUCGAACGUAAUUACUAAACGACUUACGAUCACAGAUGAUUAACGCGACCAAUUGUAUAACUUAUAUCGUAAGAAAAUAAAAUUACAUUUGUAAACAAGAGAAAUUUAGUUGUCCCUGAUUGCAGCUUCCUCUAUUUGAUAGGAAUAGGAAAGAAGGUAACAAUAAUAGGAAAUGGAAGUACAUGAUAUACGUGUGUUAACACCAGCACCAAUUAGCAUUUAAUAACGAUAAAUUUGUAAAGUAUAGAUAUAAAUACCUAACCAAUAAUUAUACAAUCAAAUUAUUAAAUUCUAGCGUAGUCUCAGAGUCUCAAAAAAUUAAAUGAGCUAUUUAAAUAUCGAAUCGCUAUAAACACUAGCAACGCAUACCAUCCUGCCUGAAUUACAUUGGAAAAUUAAUAAUCGUUGAUCUAUCAAAUACAAAUUUCAUGUAAACUCGUAUAUUUUAUACAUCACAUUGAAUUAUAUGUAUAUUAUAUUUUAUACGCGCGACUAAUAUUGAUAUGUAUCAAUAUAAUCAACACAUUCCAAAUAUUUCAUUGCAUAAUGCAAUAUUGAUACAAAAUGUAUUAAAGAUUUCGUUGUUGUAAAUUUUCAUGUGAAUUUUCAAGUUCUUUUUUUUGUGAUAUUUCACAAGAUGAAAAUUUCGAGAAAUGGGCCAUCUCUCUCUCUCUCUCUCUCUCUCUCGAGUUGAUAAAUCUAAACAUCAUGAACAAUAUUAUCGCGCGUAAAUAACAGAAGAAUGAAACGUGGGAGUUUAAACGAGGAAUAUUGCAGAAUUCGCUAGCUAGAAGAAAAACUAAUAGGUGCAAUCUCGCGACCUGUGUUAACUUCGAGUUUUACAAAGGGUUUUAUAUAACACUAAACUGUACACGCACCCCCGUAAUAACGCUUAAUAAUCGGCUGAUGAUCCUCCAUGCGUUGAAUUGACUAAAACAACUUUUCUCUUUUUAUAUAUUUGUACAAUAUAUUUUCAUAUUUGAAAAAUAUAUCUCCCUGCCUAUGUUGUUAAACAUCCUGCCUCAUAUAAAAUGCUCAAAUAAUGGAAAACGUAAAGGGCCAUUCGCCCUUUACAUAAUUCAGUCUCUGGUACUCGCGUGAAAGUUCGUCUCUAGCACAUGAUCUCUCUUGAGUCAACUUUACAGGGCAAAACAGAACGAAUGGACAACUAUUCGACAUGAUACUCUUUUUUUAUAUAAUUACAGAAUGGCUUCUAUUACACCAAUUGCUUCUGAGGUCUGAAAUCUCGUAAUAUUAAUACUACAUUAAUUUUUGUAUACUUUUAUAGAAAUAGAUAAUAAAAACCAUUCUCAUAACUUGUGUAUAACGUCUAGCUUUGCCACUGAGCUCGAAAUAAUUUCAGCUUGUAAAUCUUCGUCCGCGUAUUGCUGUUAAAAAUUGAAAGAUAAAUACAAAGCAUCUCCUUCUCUCCUUUUUGCUGUCAACAGAUAUAAUAUACACAUACGAUCUUACACAAUAAAAUUUCAAUAAUAUCGUAAUAAAAACUAAAAUUUCUAUGACAAGUAACUUAAAAUAUCUCAAUAUCAUGCAGCAAAGAUAAACUAAAUUAAACACAACAAUGUGUGAUGUGAAUGUGAUUUUAUAUAUAUAUAUAUUUAUAUAACAAAAUAAUGAUAUAUUAAUUACUGCUUAGAAGUAAUUACGACGUGAUGAUAAUUCCAUAAACAUUUAUCGAAGGAUAUGCAUUAUUUCAUUGUUAGUAAUAUAUAAUCAAAUGCUAAUGAUCUUUCGUCGCUCAGUUUACGACAAUUGUAUAAUAUCAUAAUAAUAAAGAUUAUAAUUUUCUUUUAAUUCAUGUUAAAAUUACGCAAUUAAUUCUUAAACAAUUGACAUUGGAUCGUAAUCGCGUAAGUAAUUGAUGAAUCGAGCACGAAAAUUUUCUCACGCCGCGCAUAUUUGUGCACAGAUUCAAUUCACGUUUCCCACAAUAAACGAAAUACUAAAAAUACGCCUUCCUAUCUACAUUUUAUUUUCUACGAGAGAGAAUCAAUUAAUCGUAAUUUUUUCCACAAUAAUCGUAAGAGGGAAGCACUUAUAAUAAUAUCCACUAGUGAUUCAUUUUCUCUUCACAAAACUCCUAUGCUGCCGUUGUUUUACAUACACAUCUGUAAGACUAUCGCAAUUGUUAUCCGUCGUAUCGUCUAUUAAUUAUAAAAGCAUCAACUUCCAUCCAUUGUGUCCACGUUCCAGACAAUGUACACAUGAUGUUCAAGUGAAUGCGACUAAUUAGAUUAUGUUCUCUCGAGUUUUUUUCACAGUAUGUAUAUAUUGUUAUGAUACAUUUUAUCUAUAUAUAAGGCAUAAUCCCAAUUCUUCCAAGAUCAAUAUACAUUAUGUAUAAAA